AUGAUUGACAAAGCGCUUCUCGGCGCCAUCGCCGUGGCUUCAACGUCCAUCUAUCUCCUUCUCAUUGUGGUCCAAAAGAUUCAGCGGGCGCAAAAGGCCAGCAAGCUAGGAUGUCAAGGUCUUCAACCCGCUUUAGUGAAUGACCCUAGCGGUGUCGCAACAGUGCGCAAGUUCCAAGCGGCCUCAAGCGAGAAAAGAGUGCCAGCUAUGCUUGCCGAGGACUUUGACAAGCUCUCCAAGGAGCACGGUCGCGUUGUCAGCACGGCAAAAAUGCCUGGGCUUUUCUUCAACGACAACAUCAUGACGAUUGAACCUAAAAAUAUUCAGACUGUCCUUGCUGGAAGCUUCAAAGAUUUCGAGAUUGGUCCUACCCGUGUCGAUAACCUGCGACCUGUCCUCGGUGAAGGCAUUUUUGCAUCCAACGGCAAGAUUUGGGAACACUCACGCGCACUCCUUCGCCCCCAGUUUGUCCGCAGCCAAAUCAGCGAUAUUAGUCUUGAAGAACGCCAUGUGCAGUCGCUCAUGACUGUUAUUGAUCGAGAAGUAACACCGACAGGGUGGACGAAUUUCCUCGACGUCCAGCCUCUAUUCUUCCGCCUAACCCUUGACUCGGCCACAGAAUUCCUCUUUGGUGAAUCCGUAAACAGCCAGCUCAACAAUGCUGAUACCUUUGCCGCCGACUUUGACCUUGCUCAGCAACUUCUCUCCGAUGCCGGUCGCCUAGGACCUGCUCACUGGAUCAAACACGACAAGAAUUUCCAUGCGACCGCCAAACGAGUACACGACUACAUUGAUUACUUUGUUCAAAAGGCCAUCAAGAAGGCCCGGGACGGAAAGGUAGACCCCGAACGCUAUGUCUUCCUCGAUGCUCUCGCUCAGUCUACUACGGACCCUGUUGAGCUUCGCUCACAACUGCUCAAUAUCUUGCUUGCUGGUCGUGACACGACUGCGUCGACACUAUCUUGGUUUAUUCACACCAUGUCAAAUGCCAAGCAUUCUGCAACAUAUCAAAAGCUGCGAGCUCAUGUUCUCGAAGAGUUUGGCACGUAUACGAAUCCCAAUGACAUCACCUUUGAAAGACUCAAGAGAUCGCAAUAUUUGCAAUGGUGCAUCUCUGAGAUUCUCCGCAUAUACCCUAUUGUUCCUGUUAACGGCAGAGCUGCUGUAAGAGACACAGUCUUGCCAUCUGGCGGUGGCAGUGACGGACAAUCGCCUCUCUUCAUUAAAAAGGGUGUUAUUGUAAACUACUCAGUUCAUGCCAUGCACCGUCGAAAAGAUCUAUGGGGCCCUGAUGCUGAUGAAUUUAUUCCUGAGCGUUGGGAGGCCCGUCGCCCUGGUUGGGAGUACCUCCCAUUCAACGGCGGCCCUCGCAUCUGCAUCGGCCAGCAGUUUGCCCUAACAGAAAUCGCUUACGUACUCGUUCGUUUCAUCCAGAGGGUCGAUGCUCUUGACGGCAGUCAAGCUGGUGCCGUCAAGCACGGCCUGAGCCUAACCAACGCACCAGGUGAGGGUGUAAGAGUCAGAUUGCACCUGGACCAAUAA